AAUAAAAACAAAAACCAAUAAACCAUUCAUCAAAUUGUUUGUUUCCUGUUUCCCACAAAACCAAUCAUCACAGAAGGAAAAACCGAGUUCAAUGGCCAACCCCCACUACCAGAGUGCUCCAGUCAUCGUAGUGGCGGUGCCCUUUCCAGCCCAGAGCCAUCUCAACCAAAUGCUGCAACUCUCAUGCCUCCUAUCAUCAUGCUACAACCUUCCCGUUCACUACGUUGGCUCUUCCAUCCAUAUCCGCCAAGCCAAGCUCCGCUGCUCAACUCCUCUUCUCCUCACCAGAAUCCAAUUCCGUGACCUCCCUAUUCCUCCUUUUCCUUCUCCCUUCCCCAUCCGCGGUGGAGAUACUGAUUUCCCUGCCCAUCUCCAGCCAUCCUUCGACUCCUCUCUCAACCUUCGUGAACCAUUCGCCGCCCUCAUAGACACACUCUCUUCUAAGGCCAAGAAGGUAGUUGUAAUCCAUGACCCUUUAAUGGCCUUUGCGGUUCAGGAUUCUGUUUCUUUCCCAAACGUAGAACUCUACAUUUUCCACACCUCAUCUGCCUUCACUUCCUUCUCUAUUCUAUGGGAAAGAAUCCAGGGAAUCCCCGUUCCUAACUAUUUCCCUGAAAACCUUCCUUCCAUGGAAGGUUGCCUUACUAACGAGGUGGUGAAUCUCAUAACCAUUCACAGGGAAUUCACGAAACUCCGAUCUGGUGAUCUCCACAACACAUGUAGAGUGAUUGAAGGCGAAUACAUAGAUCAUCUAGCUCAAAAUGAUAGUAUAGUGAUUGAAGGCGAAUACCUAGAUCAUCUAGCUCAAAAUGAUAAACUCAGACCACGGUGGGCUGUUGGACCAUUAAGUCAUCAUCUGGGAGGAAGAAUUGAGGAGCAGAGCAACUCUAGUGGGGAAAACAUAUGCCUGAUUUGGCUUGACAAACAACCACCAAAGUCAGUCAUAUACAUAUCCUUUGGGACUACGAGUUCAUUUGUAAAGGAACAGAUUAAGGAACUGGCAGUUGGGAUAGAAGAAAGCAAGAUCAAAUUCAUCUGGGUGCUCAGAUAUGCCGAUCGAGGAGACGUUUUUGCAGAAGAAGAUCAGAGUCCCGAGCUUUCAGAAGGGUUCGAAGAGAGAACGGAAGCACAGGGGAUGGUGGUGAGAGGGUGGGUACCUCAGGCUGAAAUCCUGAAGCACCCAUCUACUGGAGAUUUCUUGAGUCACUGUGGGUGGGGUUCAUGUUUGGAGAGCAUUUGCUCCGGCGUGCCAAUAGCAGCAUGGCCCAUGCACUCCGACCAGCCAAGGAACGCCACGUUAGUGACACAGGUGUUGAAGAUCGGUUUGAUUGUAAGGGAGUGGUCACACAGAGAAGAACUAAUAACAGCAUCGGCAAUUAAAGAAGCUCUGAGGACGCUAAUGGCUUCAGAGGAAGGGGAAAUGAUGAGGAAAAGGGCAGAGGAAUUAGGAAGGGGUGUUCGUCAGGCUACUGAGGAAGGUGGAGUUUCUCGAAAAGAGUUGGAAUCCUUCAUCAACCAUAUCAGUAGAUCGAUCCAUGAACAAAACAAGAAAACAUGAAGUAGAAUACUUUUUGAAUUGUUUUUCAGCUGUUUUUUCUGCACUUCAGACCUUUUUUUCGCGGCUGAUAACUUAAGCUCGUAAACGUUCAUGAAAGUAAGAUUUAAACCCAUGAAUUUCUUGACUCGCAUUAUAAACCCUUGUAUUAAGG